UAAUGCAUCUUGGUAUUUCAGGUGACAGUAGCGACCCACAUGACCGAGCUGAAGGGUUACCUUGACUACCUCUGCAAAUCCACCAACAUGAAGUGCCUGACACCUGCACGUGCGCUUCAAGGCUUCGGGGAUUAUAUGGCCGCUAACUUGUACGCGCGCUCCAUCUUCGGCGAGGACGCGCUUGCCAACCUCAGCAUCGAGACGCCGCUCAAUUCCAAGGACAACUCUGUUGUGGGUCACAUCCGCAUCAGGGCCAAGAGCCAGGGCAUGGCCGUCAGCCUGGGAGACAAGAUCAACAAGGUGCAGAAGGCCACACUGAAGACUGCCACCGCCUGAACCAAGAGUGCACGACACCCAUAACUACGUAUUCCUGGACUCCCAUAGCUAUUUUACGACGCCUAAUAUAUCAUAUGGUUACGUACGCUAGCAUCGUUGUUAAUGAACUGCUUUUAUGUUGAGUUGGGAUAGCAUGGGACCAGCUCUCUUGUUCUUGCUUUGGCUCUCCGAACAAUUUUUUCGUGCAUUCCAAGAAACUGAUUUCUGUUUAUUUGUUCUCAUUAGAAUGAAGUGUUGCGCUCUGGAGGCACUGAAAGAUUUCUCUACCAUUUGCUUGGGGUAUCCUCUAUCAUUUAAAACUAAAAUCCCAUGCCAUUUUGAUGUUAUGCCAUAGUGUGUCAGCUCUCAGUAAAUGGUACUCGUUUCUCUUACCUAAUUGGUAUAUUCAUUAGCUUUUUCGAUUUAUUUCUGUGCGUUAUUGCAGCAAUUUGCCACUUGUUGGUAUCAAAGGGGAACGUUUGUUUUUGUAUUCUUCCCUUCACUGUUCCACUUAAAGUUUCUUCACUAAGAAUGUGCGUCUAAACGAUAUUGCAAGUGUUGAAGUGGCAAAUAGAUAUCGAUUAGAAGAACAUGCAUUGAUUGGUAGCUUUUGUAUGGGUGUUUAACUUUGAGAAAAUUGUAACAUUUUGCGAUUCUUUCACGUUCCAUUGCCUCAAAAAUGUUAUUCCUUGGUAUAAAAACUGAUGGCUGCGGAUAACAACUAUUUGAAAAUUGAAGAAUCGUGCACAGGUAAGGAUUUUUCACAUCAACCAGAAAUUGAUUGAGAUGAAUGAAGAGUGCAAUCGAAGUGAACGCCACCCUAAAUAAAGUAUGCCGAGUACUUGCAUGUUGAAUGCGCUUGAGCGCUUUGAUAUCUACGCCAAUACUUGUAAUAGGUAUGAAGGUCGGUUUCAAAACUUACCGCUGUGCACACAAAAUAUUAUCGGAAUUCUG